GCGGAGCUGGAGGCUGCAGCGCCUCGGAGCGCAUCAGACUCGGCCCCUCCCCUCCGCGCUCUGCGGCGGCCCGCCCUACUCACACAAGAGCCCCGUCUGCGUUCUGCCCGAGUCUGGGGGUGGGAGAAGGAAGCCCGUACGGCCUUGGAAACCAAACAAAAAAAAUACAAAAGGUCUUAUAUUAUGCAGAUGACCGGUGGAGACAAUGGAUGAAGAUGUAACGGCUCUCAGUCUCCAUUCCCAUGAGCCCAAGAUAAUAUUCCAUGGGGCAGGUGACGGAGAAGACGACGAGGUGGUGGUAGAACUUCAGGAGUCUGUUCUGGUGUCUGACGUCGAGGGUGAGAAGAUCGCGGUGCACGGCCUCGCCCAUGAGGAACUGGUCAUCCAGGAAGCCAUCGAGGAUGUGGUGGCGGAGUACGUGCCAUGCACAGAUGAUGACGAAGCGCUUGGCACCAUCGCUGUGGAGACCUGUGUGAUGUCACCCGAUGAUGUGGCUCUGGACGAGGAAGGACUGCAGGUUGAUGUGGUGACUGACGCUCAGGUACAGGAGGAUCCUGACACCUGUGGAGACUACCUCAUGAUCUCUUUGGAUGAGGCUGGAAAGGUUGUUUCGGAUGAGGAUGCUAAAGUCACUAUUGAGGGCACUUUAGAAGACUCGGAGGAUGUGGAGAAGGAUGAUGAGGGUCAAGAGGUCAUCAAAGUGUACAUCAUCAAGGCUCACCCAGAGGAGGAGGACUUGGGAGGCACUGUUGACAUAGGAGACGCUGAGCUUGAUGUGGAUGAAACCGUGGAGCUGGUGGAUUCCUCUGGAAUGCCGAUAAGGGAAAAGAUGGUGUACAUGUCAAUGGAUGAAGCCAAUCAAAACCAGGAUGACAUCAAUGUGGCUAAAAUCACAGAUGAAGUGUACAUGGAAGUAGUGGUGGGCGGUGAGGACCCUGGAAGUGCUCAGCGGGCAAUUGAAAAUGUGUCACUCAGCAAAGACUUCAUGCCUGUGGCUUGGGCAGCUGCUUACGAUCCAGCUUCUUCACGAGAGAGUGGCAUUCCAGUGGAUGACGAACGGCGGAGGCGUAGCAUAAGCUCUGGUGGAGAGGAGAGUGAAAGCUGUGAGAACAGGAACGGAGCAGCUAGUGCUUUACUGCACGUUGAUGAAUCUGAUAUGAUCGAAAGACUCAGUCGUCAACGAAGCAAGAACAAGAGCAAAAAACGUUCUGAACUUCGUCACGUUCAAACAGCAAUCAUCAUUGGACCUUACGGCCAGCCUCUUACGGUGUACCCUUGCAUGCUAUGUGGAAAGAAGUUCAAGUCGCGUGGUUUCCUCAAGCGCCACACCAAGAAUCACCAUCAGGAUGUCGUAAACCGCAAGAAAUACCAGUGCACGGACUGUGAUUUCACCACUAACAAAAAAGCCAGUCUCCACAACCACAUGGAGAUCCACACCCUCAGUAGUAAAGCCCCAUUCGAGUGUGAAGUCUGCGGAAAAGAGUUCCACCAGCAGGCGGCGCUGUUCUCUCACCGUCUGCAGCACCACCACAGAGAAUCCAAGAUUCAGAUUCCACCACCUACAACCAAAAUGCACAAAUGCAAAUUCUGCGAAUACGAAACGGCAGAACAAGGACUUCUAAACCGACACCUGCUUGCCGUUCACAGUAAGAAUUUCCCGCAUAUAUGUGUGGAGUGUGGGAAAGGUUUCCGACAUCCAUCAGAGCUGAAAAAACACAUGAGAACACACACCGGAGAAAAACCGUACUCCUGCCUGUACUGCGACUACAAAUCAGCCGACUCGUCUAAUUUAAAGACGCACGUUAAGACCAAGCAUAGCAAAGAGAUGCCAUAUAAGUGCGACCGAUGUUUCCAAACAUUUGCCGAACCGGAUGAGCUGUUACAACACGGAUUGACACACGAGGAGGCCAAAACACACCAGUGCACCCACUGUGAUCACAAAAGCUCAAAUUCGAGUGACCUGAAGCGCCACAUCAUUUCAGUUCACACCAAAGACUAUCCACAUAAAUGCGAAGUCUGUGGAAAAGGCUUCCACCGGCCAUCCGAGCUCAAAAAGCACUCGGCCGCCCAUAAGGCUAAGAAGUUACACCAGUGUAGGCAUUGCAAUUUCAAAAUCGCUGAUCCGUUUGUUCUCAGUCGGCAUAUUUUGUCAGUGCACACCAAAGAACAGCAAGCGUUCCCUGAUAAAAAGGGUCUUAAGAAGACAUUUGGACUGGGUGCUCAUGGAGGUAAGAAAAUUUUGGGCGGCGCCGGUUUGUCUAAGGGUCACCGGGAACGCCGGGUGUACCAGUGCCAGUAUUGUGACUACAGCACUGGUGACGCGUCUGGUUUCAAGAGGCAUGUGAUUUCCAUUCACACCAAAGACUAUCCUCACCGAUGUGAUUUCUGCUCGAAAGGCUUCCGCAGACCGUCGGAGAAGAAUCAGCACAUUAUGCGGCAUCAUAAAGACCUAAUGCCUUCCAUGUGAUCUUUGCAAUCGGAAACCCAUUAGGAAAAGCUCUGAUGUAGCUGUGGUCUUCAGGGCCAAAAGCUGACCGUUGGAAAGCCGACUAGAAGCUUGUUCGGAUUCCAGAUUGUACAGUCAGGCUGAAAGUGCAAGGAAAUGGAGAAAAAAGCUAAAAUCUAAACAUGUAGUGUCCAGUUGGAAGUUACACUGCUGUAAUGUUCUGAAGACACAUUUUUUAAAAAGUUAAAUCAACCUUUCUUGUGUCUAAAUCAGCUGACCAGCUUUAGAUUAUUGCGGAAAUAGAUAAACUUGCAUACUAAUCCAUCAAGGGUGUUUUAUGUUGGAGCGUCUGGAUAUAAAUUUGAAUUAUGACUCCUGUAUUGCAUGUUACACAAAACAUGUUUGAACAGCUUUGGUGAUUGUGGUGUUUGUGCACAUGCGUUUACAAGUACAAAAUUUCGGAAAAAGCCUUGAAAAGGUCCGUUAAAUUACAGUGCUAAUGCUUUAUCGACUGGUUUCUUAGCUUCGGAUGAGCAGAAUGUCUAAUUAAAGUGAACUGAAAACUCACAUUAUGCCGUGGCUGCUAAAACUUUGUUUUAAUUUGAGAUGAUAAUAGCUGUUUAGACUUUUGGGAAACCCAUCUUUCAUUGAUUUACUAAUAACAGCUGAAUAUGAAUUUAAUGUAGGACAGGGUUUCUUGGUAAUAUUUACAAUAAACAAAAUUAUAUUGCGAAUAGUACUCGACUCGCGAAGAGACAUUAAAUCAAGCCGAAUGGGUGGUAAUCUAAAUUUGUUUUAAUUUAGACGCUAGUAUGCUUGGGUAUUUCUUGAAUGUGGCCGUUUGGCUUUUGGUCUGUUUGUUGUAAAACUCACCCUCAAAUUAUUGUUGUUAUUAUUAUUGUUAUUAUUAUUAUAUUAAGACGUUUAGGGUAAAUUUUAUUUUUUACACAGAUACUGAAAAUGUAUAAUUUGGAAUAAAGAGAUUCUAAAAGAUGUUAUGUUAUGUGUAUAUGAAAUAUUUGUAAAUACAGAAGUAAUAAACAGUAUUUUGUGUCCAAAUAGUAUUUUAUUUUUUUUUUAUUUUUCAAGAUGAAAUGACAUGCAAAUGGGCAAUCUGAAUAAAUCACACCAGCGUUUCUCGUUUGUAAACCAAUUUAAUCUAACAGCAGUAAACAAAACCAG